AUGCGUAUUCGGCAAGGCCCAGCAACACCCGAAAGAGAUGUAGACGCACCAGUUCCGUCCCCACUCGAGAGGAUAGUCUUUUCGAAUUUCUCCAAGGAACAGAUCCUGACAGAACGAUGGACAGCCGGCGUGCGACAAACUGCAGCUUACCUCUCAGUGGACCUUGCCAUGCUAGGACGCGUUGAUAUGGCCACCAGGAUCCAAGAGCUUCUGCACAAUCCUGCCUACAUACCAAAAGGCAUGUACGACGGGGCAGCCAACUAUUGGCCAUGCUUGAACUUUGCUUGGGAAGCAGCACAUAUCCAAGGACCCAAUAUGGACGAUGAGGAAGCGUUGCAGAAGAGACAAGAAGAUGAAGUGUUGUAUGUGGAAAAGCAGUGUUUUGAGGCCCCUCCAAAUGACAAACAUCAGAUCGAAGUAGAGAAUGAUCUGAGACGGAUUUUCCAUGAGGGGAUCGAUAGCUUUGAUGAGGAUGAAGUCGUGGCGACGAUGACAAAACUCUCAGAUAUGUGCACGCCAGGAUCUUUUCAAGGUCGCGCCGUGCGAGCCAGGGCGAUCGACUACCUGAUGCGCAAAGGAAGAAGACAGGAGGCGGAGAACAUGCUAGGUCUAGCCACUCAGGCUAUCCAGAAUAGCGCCUACAAGUUGCAUAACGAGAUGCCUAAGCUGCGGUACGCGUGGAGGCUGCUGGUUACAGGUGUACUUCGUGAUCAACUCGGAAUCGACAACAGAGAGCUCGAAGAGAAAGGUGGACAGGCGAUUCACACCAUUCAGCAACGAUUGCGUGAUGGUCCAAUUCGCCCGCUAGCACUGGAACCUAUGGAAGAACUCGCCGGCAUAGUUGAAGCUAAGUUUGGAUACAAGAUUCGCAACCCGCCCGUUAAUGAUGAGGACAUCGCGGGUGCGGAGGCUCGUCUUGAUGUUCCGCUUCCCAGAGAUCUCAAAGCUUUUCUUCACACUUCAAACGGAUUUUCUCGCGACGAAGUGGUCGUAAUCAACAGCAUAUCUGCCCUCAAGUGGCAGCCCCCACUCAUUCCAGAGUACCAGCUCAGCCUCCUGCCAGGCGUUGACGCUUACAAGGGCCCAGAUAUUGAAUACGUCGCGCUUGAUCGCGUAAUAUCACUCUCUGGUUAUAGUCGUUUGGGAAAUGAAUAUGUGUACUUGAUCGAGCCACAUUUCGUGAACGAAGCGCGAACGCGAUUACGCGACUACUAUGAGAAUCAAGCACAGCCUGAGAUGAGAACCAUUAUGGACAAGUGUGUGAAAGACUAUUUUGGUGGCUGGGACGAGUUACAGCAGCUGGACUGGGGUAUCACGCGGUUCAGGAAGUACGACUGUGAUUUCGUUCCGGGGUUCCAUAUAUUUCUGGAGGACCUGGCAGUGCGACCAGUAGAGCUAUAA